AUGGGCAUCCAAGGGCUCCUCCCUUUGCUCAAGUCCAUUCAGAAGCCGACGGAGCUGAAAAGAUUUUCCGGUGAGGUCCUCGGGGUCGAUGCUUAUGGAUGGCUCCAUCGAGGCGCUGUUAGCUGUGCCAUAGAGCUGGCACAGGGGAAGCCCACCAGCCGAUAUGUCGACUUUGCCAUGCAUCGCGUUAGGAUGGUCAAACAUUUCGGUGUCACCCCUUACCUGGUCUUUGACGGUGACUUCCUGCCCAGCAAGGCCCACACCGAAGCAGCUCGAGCCAAGCGUCGCGAGGAUAGCCGAAGGGCUGGCCUCGAGCUCAUCAAGGCUGGCAAGCCAUCGCAGGCCCAUCUCGAGCUCCAAAAGGCCAUCGACGUCACCCCGGAAAUGGCCAGGCAUCUGAUUGAGGAGCUGAAGAAAGCAGAUGUCCCGUAUGUCGUUGCUCCCUACGAGGCUGACUCUCAACUUGUCUACCUGGAACGGCAUGGCUUCAUAAACGGUAUCAUCUCAGAAGACUCUGACCUGUUGGUUUUCGGAGCCAAGCGAUUGCUCACCAAGAUGGACCAGCACGGCCAAUGCAUCGAGAUUAACCGGAGAGACUUCUGCGCCGUGCGUGAAGUAUCGCUCACAGGCUGGACCGACGAUCAGUUUCGUCAGAUGACCAUCUUCAGCGGCUGCGACUACCUCGAAGGCAUUAACAACAUGGGGCUCAAGACAGCGUAUCGGAUGAUGCGCAAGUACAAAACGCCGGAGCGCGUGAUCCGGAUGCUGCAAUUUGACGGCAAGUUUCGUGUCUCAGAGAACUAUCUUGCCCAGUACAAGCAGGCAGAGUUGACUUUCUUGUAUCAACGUGUCUUCUGUCCUAAGAAGAAGGACCUGGUCCUCCUGACCGAGCCUUCUGCUUCAUCAACAUUGGACAUCGAGGAAAUGCCGUACAUUGGCGCCAAAAUCAGCCGAGAACUUGCCAACGCUAUCGCUUUGGGAGAUGUGGAUCCGAUUUCCAAGUUGCCAAUUGUCAUCGCUCCGCUUCCAGGAAAGAGGGGGACGAGUGACACGACAAGAACAUCAGCCAUAAAGGCCACAGCGGCCCAACAGGCUAGACCAUCUCUGGGUAAGCCCAUUGACGCGUACUUCCAAGACAACAGACGCAUCGCCAUGGCAGAGAUGGACCGCAACUGCUUCUCUCUUGAUGCCGGGAGAGUGGCUGCCCUCACGCAGAAUGGGCUCACGCCGCGGGUGUUUCCCCUGCCGAGGCCAUACAUCGAUGGGGAUAGCCGGCCCCCAGUGGCUCGCCCAUACACUUCAAUCCAACGUCGCCGAACAGAACCUGUCUCUCAGACGCUCUCUGAUCUCGACCCAUCCAUGAGUCUAUCGUCGACCCGUCGACGAACAGCCGGGCCGACCAGGCGCAUCUCGGUAACUGAAGGAAGGCCACUGAAGAAAGCACGACUUUGUGAGGAUGAAAGAGAAAGUGAGGAGGCAAAUCAGCCACCUCGGAAAAGCAGAUUCUUCUCUCUUGAACAAUCGUCUACCCAUCAGCAAGCCUCCGAUACUACUGCAUUUUCUGAUGAUUCGAUCGAUGAGGCACUCGCGAGCUUGCCUGACAUAAGCGGGGAGUGGAACGUAUCGAGAGCGUCGGGGGGCCAUCAAGCAAUGCAAAUUUUCCAGGACGCGACUUCGUCAGGAUCAUCGGGCACUACGGAGGCGGACAAGACCAACGACGAGGACGUUGUCCGGGGCAGCCCCGUCAGAUCCCAAGUGGAGUCCGUCCGCACUGGAGAUAAGUUGGCAAUUGAAGCAGCUACCACGAAAGAGGUGAGAUCCAAGGAGUCACUACGCGGUUUGAUCAAAGAGUUCUCGAGCACCUCAGACUUGCCCAAAACCGCAAUUAAGACGCGCAUGGCUUUCGGGCUUCCCACGCCAGCCUCCAGCACCCAGGGCUUUGAGUCAGGACCACGUGGCCGUUCCUCAGCGGAUACUCCGAAUCAGACUCCUUUGCAACGGAUUGGUGCUCAGGCCUUGCAGCGGCAUAAAGGCAGUCUUUCACCUUCCCUCAAAGCAAAGCCAUCUGCUGGAAUAUUCAGGAAGCGGCAGAGUCUAAAGGAUGCCAUGGAGUCUUUACCGCUCAAUCCAGUCUUUGUGCCCUUGCCAAAGGUCGAUCUAGCAGAGGUUGAGGCACUGAACAAAUCUGGCGGCAGCGAGGAUCAAAUCGUCCCCGAUGGCGACGAGGAGAAUGAUCCACCGCUUGGACUUGACGAGGAAUCCCACAAAUCGAGCAGCCGCCUGGACCUAUCAAGAUUCGUGUAUGGCUGA